CCCACGAUAAGCGUUCUACAAGCUUCCACAAUGCCGAAACUCAGUCUUGGUUCGCUCUCUAAUCUCACAUAUACUAGAUAUGUGAUCCAUCUGUCGGACGGCAAGCGGCUGGUGCUCUUUCGCCUGCCGUCAAUCGACGCAGGCAGACGCAGCAAAGCGAGCAAUGAAAGCAAUGACGGCUGGUCUUAUUACGCCAUGGAAGCUGAGUGCCCGCAUGCUGGCGGUCCUAUGGAAGAUGCUCAAGUCGAUAUCGAAGACUCGGCAUACAUCGCGUCAUGUCCGUGGCAUGCAUACGAUUUCAAUGUGGAGACCGGCGAAUCCAGUGUCGGCAUCAAGGCGUGCACAUUCCCGAUCGAUGUGGAUGGGGACGAUGUGUUCCUGAGUUACGGCCCCGAAAAUAUUUCUGUUGCGAGGCUGGAGCCGGUCAGUGAGGCGAUCAAACUGAAGACGCCUUGCUCUGAUUCUACAGCCUCGGCGGAGACUGAACAGCCCACCACGCCGCCAGCAACGGCGCAGUAUCUGGAUGAAAAUGCAACGCUCUGCGACUGGUGCGCCCAUAUUUUGAACACAUCGAAUUCCGAGCAUAAGAUAGAGCUCACGGCUCAUCUGUUUUCGACAUUCACCAAACGAGAGGGUACAUCCUCGCCGAUGACAAUUAUCGGGCCAACCCCUGCCUCGCUUCCCCCGACACCGCCACGGGAGAAGCUUGUUGAAGUCCGACCCGGUGCGAUGCAGAAACCCGGAAGAGGGGGAACACUGAAGAGCAGAAUCGCUAUGCUCCACGCUCUGGCGAAUAUUGAACAGUGGGCAAUUGACCUGGCUGUGGAUAUCUGCGUCCGGUUUGCCGAAUUCCAAACUAGCCCAGAAGCAUCGGAUUCUGCGAGAAACUUACCCCGGACAUUCUUCCACGACUGGCUCAAGGUCGCGAACGACGAAGCGAAGCACUUUUCCCUGCUCCGUACUCGCCUUGAGGAGAUGGGCUCCUACUUCGGUGCUCUCCCCGUUCACCACGGUUUGUGGGAGUCGGCGACCAAGACAGCGCAUGAUCUCCGCGCCCGAAUCAGCAUCAUCGCUCUGGUUCAUGAAGCACGUGGCCUCGAUGUCAAUCCGAUGACCAUUGCGAAAUUCCGGAAUGCUCGGGACGAUGAAAGUGUCAAGGCCCUUGAGGUCAUACACAACGACGAGAUCACCCAUGUCACUACGGGCCACCGAUGGCUUACCUGGAUCUGCCAGGAGGAAAAGUCCGAUCCGGUGGAGGUGUUUCGAUCCAACGUACGGAAGUACUUCGUCGGCGGACUCAAAGAGCCCUUUAACAGAGACGCGCGCGCAAUGGCCGGAAUGGACGGGCGGUAUUACGACCACCUGGUCUACUGAUACUUGCCAAUAUCGGUCGCAGUUGCAGCUAUUGCAGCUCUUGAUCUAAACGUCUAUAACAUACAAGGAUCUAAAAUAUUCAUACAGGUCAUGAGCAAUCGUCAAUCAUAGUCGGAUCUCGUCAAUAGACCCCAGCGACGGGUCCCACACAGUCGGUCUCUUCCCCAAUGCCUCUUGGCCCGGUGGCAGUUUUCGGACAGUGUUGGCGUAUGCGCGCAGCUCAGGAGGAACCAGCUCGUCAAGGUUGAUGUCGAGAAGCCGCGCGAUGAAGGGAACAACAUGGGCAUCCAGUACCGUUGGACCGAUUUUGUCACCAAAGAUCCAGGUUCCACCACGGCUAUACUUGUUCCGCAACGCCACGAUCUCUGCUAGAAAGGCAACAGAAUUGCCAGUCAUGCUGUUCCCGGCUGAUAUAUUCAUUGCCACCAUUUCCCGCUGCUUCAUUUGCCUGGUU